GAUUCAACCUUGUUCUUUAAAACAUCAACACGAAUAAACAUUCACACAACACAACUUUGGCACUUAUAGUCAAUCAUCAAUUCAUUUAUUAGACUCCAUACUUGCAUUCGCAAUAAGUCUAUUUCUCGUAUUGUUGAUUAAUUUAUUUGCUCACUCUUCUCAAACAUGGCCCAAGGGGCUGUUGCUUUUGUGCCGACCACUGGCACAAAUGGUGUAACACUGACAACAGAGAGUAUUCGUGAAAUUCGGGAGUACGAGAAGAUAAUUUCAUUUCGAGAUGCUGUUCUUGCAGGAACUCAUCCUCGCGUCAAAGUCCCUUCUCAUAUUGUAGGAGUGGGAAAGCAGAGCAGUCUAGCUCGUAAUACAUCGUCACCUAACACAUCAGCAAUACGCGCAAAUGCGCAAGCAGCCAUCGACUCGGCACCAUCCUCGAAUAGUCAUUCACCAGUCAAUUACCGUGCUGCCGGGGCAAACAGCCACAUUGCGAAACAGUCUGUAUCUACGAUUUCUAAUAAAUCUGUGAAAACAUCAGAGAUAAAUCCAAUCCUGUUGGAGAAAUCUGAUGAUCUUAUAAAGGCGGAAAUACAGUUGCAGAGGCAGAGGUUGGAAAGAGCUCUUAGGGAACAAAUGGACCAACAUCGUUUGGCCCAAAAAGCUUUGCUUCAGACAUCUGAAUCCCUCCCCAAUUUUGAUCUUACCGAAGUUUUGCAAAAAGCUCUUGCUAUAGUUCAUCCCGCCACGGCUCCAGAAGUUGAACCUUCUGUGGGUGCUGGAAGUGAUUCGUUUGAUGAAAACUCUUUCUAUUCUAGUCAGCAUGAUACCCCUGAGCCAUCCAAUUCAUCGCAUAGCCACAAGCCAACCCUUAGCGGGCAAGUACGCGGUGAGGUUUCGAUUGAAGAACCGGCAGCUCAAACUGAUCCAGCAACCAAUGUUGAAGACAAUGAUGUGGUUAUGACUGGUAGUCUACUAUCCCAAAAUAAUCAUCUAGAAUCUCAAACACAUUCACAAUCACAGUACCGCCCACUAGGGACUCAGAAAAAUCAUUCUGCUGAACAACAGCCUCAACAUGAUUUUCGAGGAAAGGUUGCCCAAGAGCCAUCACAUACCAAGGGUGUGCAACGUAGAGUAUCGGGCAUCGUUGAUCUUUCUCAAGACAGUAUGAGUACAGGCUCUGAAAGCGCAGGUUCUCAGCAGAAUGGUGAUGGAUUACCCAAAGCAAAGGCAUCUGAAAUAGAUUUGCAGCAACCACUUAACACCCGAGCCCAUAAUCUAUCUCCCCUAGCACCACAACCUGCCCGCGUCUCACCAUUGGCUACUGCAAGAGAUCCCCCUAUCCUACGAGACGCCCUUCCCGUUAAUGAGGCACAACAACCUCAAGUUGCUGCACUCCGAAAUGCAGCCUCAGGCUUAUCCAGUGCAGAAAGUUCCCCGAAUGGACCAAAGAUUUCAGAGAAGAAGAAAGGAAAGAAGAAGAAGCGUAAGGUUAAUGAUAAUGGCCAAACCGACACACCGGAUUCUCCAUACAUCAAGGCAGAACCCCGGUCACCAUCCCCAUUUGCUGCUGUACCUCUACCACGACCACAAAAGAGACAGCGACAAUCAGGUCAAUACGCGUCAGAACUUAACUAUGAUGAGCCUAGAUAUGAGCCAGUUGAGGUGAUUCCGGAAGCCGCUCCUAAAAGAUAUGAAGACGUUCGAGCUCCCGUGCGUUAUGAGGGAGGCUACCCAGAUCGAUAUACAGAGGUUCGACGACCAGAACCCGUAUAUCAGCGCGUGGAGCGCGAUGAAGUGGAAUAUCAAAGAGUUGACAGCGGAGGACAGUAUACAAGAAGACCAGCAUCUCCAGUUUAUGCCUUACCAUACUCUCGGCCAAUUAGGGAAAGCUCUCACGCCAUUGUGGACCGACAAAUCAUCGAGGAACCUAGAUAUUACACCGAAAGAGAGCGACCUGUAUUGUCCAGAAUGAGUGUCCGCCCAGAUGCUGAUCGCGAGAGAUCUCGAUCGCCGAUUAUGAGAGAGAGAAGAUCACCAAUUCCAAUGGGACCCCCGCGUCAACCUGUUAGAAUCAUUGUUGAUGCAUAUGGCCGUGAGUAUAUUGACCCCACUCCCGCGCCAUCAAUGCGUCAAUCAGUUGCUCCAAUUGCCAGAAGGCAUGACGAUGGGGAGCUCUAUUAUGAGCGUGCCCCUGUUAGAACAAUGUCUACUCGCCCACCAGUAGAAACGUUUGAAGAAGAUGGAGUGUUAUACAGAAGAGCCUCUCCCAUCGUUACUGCCCCACGACGUGUCAUUACACAGCCAGAGUACGCGCAACCCGAAUAUCGCUCAUACCGUGAACGGGAAUAUUCAGUUCGCCCAACGCCGAUGGGACCACCAGGCGAAGAAUAUGUUAGAGUCAGAGCUCAACCUGAGCGUCGUCAAGCCAGUCAUUAUGAUGAAGCUCCUCGAGAGUAUUUAUCUCGACCACAAAGUGUGCGACCAGAAGCUAUUAGAUAUGAAGUACCCAGAGAAUACGUGGGAAGACUUUCAAGUGUCCGACCCGAGGCUCCUAGGGAGUAUGCUUCAAGCGUUCACCCUGAAGUUCGUCGCGAAGUCAUGGCACCUCCUCGUCGAGAAUUUAGCGUUCGUCCCACGGAAAUAGUUCCUCGCAGUCAUCAGCCUACAGCAGCAGAAGGAGAGAGAUAUUAUGAGGUGGACAAUCAGAGGCCGGCUAUUAUAGAGAGGCCUCGGGAACGCGAAAGCUCGGUGUUCAUUUAUGCAGAUGAUGUACCAAGGAAAGUGUACCGCUGAAACUCGCAACAAUCCAUGGAAGCCAAGACUGGAUGUAGCGGUAUUCAACCGGCAGUCUGUUCCGAUUCGAUUGUGGCUGGUAUUAUACUACGCGGUGUGUGGGGGGAAAAUCAUGUAGGGUUAAUGUGGCGUAAUGGGCGUGGAGGAAUUUUGUGUGGUUUUUGAAACAGCAGUGUUGGAUUGGAUAUAUGGCUGGCAAAUCACAAAUGCAUUCAGAAGCAAGCGAUUAAACAUACAUGUCAUUGUACAACUAUCAAAAUGCCCCAAAAUUUAAUAUAUCAAACUCAAUCUGUGAUUGACGUGAAGAUUUCCA